GGUGGCGUCGGAGCGAUUGACCCUCGGGCCGCAGCUCCACGCGAUGCUGAGGCCCGGUUCUCGGCCGCUCUGAUCGGACCGCGGCGUAGAAGGCGCACCCGAAGUCCAUGGCGGAGCCCAGCGAGCCCGGACGGCGGGCGGCGGCGGCGGCGGCGGCGGGCGGCGGGAGCCUCGAGGAGGAGGAGGACGAGGAGCGGGAACCGCUGCUGCCGCGUGUCGCCUGGGCCCAGCCGCGGAGAGGCGCGCCGGGGAACGCCGUGAGGCUGCCGGACGCGGCGGCGGCGGCGGCGGGGGAUGGGGACGCGGCCACCCCGGGCCCGGCCGGCGCCGCCGAGCGGGUGCUCGCGUCCUGGGACUCGAACGCCUCCCGGGGCUUGCCCACUGACCUGGAACGGAGCUACCUCACCUGCUCAGUGACUACUGGUAUGUCAGAGCUGAAUGCAUCCUUGGAUGAUCCAGAAUUUGCUGAGAUUGUAGUGAGAGCAGAGCAAGCAAUAGAAAUUGGAGUUUUUCCACAAAGAAUCUCUCAAGGAUCAAGUGGAAGUUACUUUGUGAAAGAUCCCAAGAGGAAUAUCAUUGGUGUGUUUAAGCCCAAAUCAGAAGAGCCCUAUGGCAAUCUGAAUCCAAAGUGGACCAAAUACGUCCAUAAAGUCUGUUGCCCCUGCUGCUUCGGGAGAGGCUGCCUGCUUCCCAACCAAGGGUACUUGUCGGAAGCUGGCGCCUACCUGGUAGAUGCAAAGCUUCAGCUGGGCAUUGUACCUAAGACAAAGGUGGUUUGGCUCGUCAGUGAGACAUUUAACUACAGUGCAAUUGACCGCGCAAAAUCAAGGGGCAAAAAGUAUGCCUUAGAGAUAGUGCCGAAAGUAGGUAGAAAGUUUCAUCGAAUAGGACUUCCUCCUAAGAUUGGUUCCUUUCAGUUAUUUGUUGAAGGUUACAAGGAGGCUGAAUAUUGGCUUAGGAAAUUUGAAGCUCAUCCUUUGCCUGAAAAUAUUAGAAAACAAUUUCAGUCACAAUUUGAAAAAUUAGUUAUUUUGGAUUACAUCAUCAGAAAUACAGACAGGGGAAAUGACAAUUGGCUGAUAAGAUAUGAAAAGAAGCAUAAAAAUGAUCGUAAGUCUGCAGGGGCGGAGACUGGAGCAUCACUGGGGCUUGUUGAUAGACAGCAGCUCUGGGUUGAGGGAGAGUCCCCAUCUCAAGGAAAUAGGCAGGAAUCCAACUGGAUCAAUGAUAAAGAAUUGCUUAUUAAAAUAGCUGCAAUUGACAAUGGUCUAGCCUUUCCUUUUAAACAUCCAGAUGAGUGGAGAGCAUAUCCAUUUCACUGGGCUUGGCUCCCUCAAGCAAAAGUUCCCUUUUCUGAAGAAAUACGAAACUUGAUUCUUCCAUAUAUUUCUGACAUGAACUUUGUGCAAGACUUGUGCGAAGAUCUCUAUGAACUUUUUAAGACUGACAGAGGAUUUGACAAAACCACUUUUGAAAGUCAAAUGUCUGUGAUGAGAGGCCAGAUCUUAAAUCUCACUCAGGCACUGAGAGAUGGGAAGAGCCCCGUGCAACUGGUGCAAAUGCCCUGUGUGAUCGUGGAGUGCAGCCGGAGCGGCAGCCAGAGCCGGGUUGUGCACCUCGGCAGCUCCUUCACCCAGACCGUCCACUGCAGGAAGCCCUUCUUUUCCUCCUGGUAGCAGAUGUAAGGGAAACAACUGUGGCAUUAUUGUGUGGUUAAAAUAUUACAAUAAUGUAAAUCUGCUGCUAAGAGCACACCAGUUGCCAAAACCUCAAAUAAUUUAAGUCUUUAAAAGGGUACAUUUUUGAAUGUAAUCAUAUGUUUACGGUUUUAUAUCCAAAUAUUAAAUUUCUAUUUCAGGGAAGAAGUGCUGUAUCUCCUAUAUUGUAUUUUUGUAGAAAAUUUACAUUUUAUAUUGUUUUUAGCUUAAAGGGUAAUUUGUGGUUUACAUAUGCUAGAAUGAUUGUAAUUACUCUAUAGAAUUCCAAUUACAAAAAUAAGUUUGACUUUGAAUACAAUAACAUUUGAUAUAGUUUUUUAGCAUUGAGAAGAAUGCUCAUGUUAAACCUUUGCAAAUUCAUUGCAAAAGGCCUUUGAGUGUCCGUCAGUCUAAACCCACACUCAUGGACUUGAACCAGCUCCAUCAGUAGAACAACCAAUAAGAAAAAAGAAUUGUUACCUUAAUUUUUAAAGCUGCUAUUUUAAAACUGGAAUAAGUACCCCAAAGGUGACCAUUAUUGGAGACCUGCAAUUUAUAUUUUGGAUGGGUUACAGCCAUUUUCUUUUUUGUAUUUUGGGAUAUUUUUGAUGGAUUAUUUUUUGUAAGAGAAAACAGUAUCUAACAACAUCCCACUGUCCUUUUCUUUUUUAAAAGGAAACCCUGAACUGAGAAUUGAGUGAAAUCAUACAAAGUUAAGAUAGAUUUCCAAUAUUUUGAAAUCACAAAAUAGCCUUAAAAUUUUCUUUUGUUUAGUAUAUGGAAUCAAGUAAUUUAUCAGUUAGUACUUCAAAAUACUGAUCUCAUUCAGUAUAGUGCUUGAGUUAGUAUUAAACAUUACUGUUAAGUGAACUAUAUUACAAAGAAUAGAUGAAUUUUGUUUUAAAAUAAUAGGAAUGCUCAGAAUGACAGGUGGUAUGAUCAGUGCUAGAUUAUGAACCCCAUUGAAUGAGAAGCAUAACCUGACUAUAAGGUCAUUUGUAUUGGUUUUGAAAUUUAAUUUUGCUUUUUAUGUCAGACAUCCAUCCAUAUGUCCACAUUCUUGGAAUGUGUAGCACUGUUAAGUCACCAAGUAGUUUAAAUAGAGAUGUGAUUCUAGAAAAGAAAAGCUUGGUCCCAUCUUCAGGCUCAAAACCAGUAACAACAGUACUUCAUCAUACCUGGGCAAUUGAUGGCUGGUCUUGGCCCCUUUAAGUUUGCUGUCUUGUGGUUUUCUUAGGGGCUAGGGGGCAGUUAUUUUGGCGUGAAAAGUAUACCCAGGUGGGUAAAGGAGGGUGUAGGACAGACCUGCAGUCUCUUCCUUACAUCUUGUCAUCCUGUCUUGGCGGAUGUGAUUGAUGGAGCAAACCACUGCCCUGAGGGAGCAGUUGGAAAGCAUGUCUUCCUACCUCUGACCUUCCCUUAGCUCAGAUCUGAGGUAAUGGUACUUGACUGGAAUGACAAAACUCAGUGUUCUGUUUGUCUUUCAGUAAAUACUAGUAAUUGGUAUGUGCCUUUUGAAGAUGUGUUCUGGAAGGAAAUGGUUGCUAUGAUAUGAAUGCAGCUUUCAUAAACAAUUUUUUCAAUAUUUUGAGAAUUGCUACAUGAAUUUUCAUAACAAAACUUAUUAAAUUACAACUAUUUUAUAUUCUGAAACUCAAAUAGUUUAAAAAUAUUUUUAACUGUCUGACCAUGCCAAAAUAGUGAAGUUGAGAUAUUUAAGAUAAUAUUACAAAUGAAAGUACUUAGGCUGUAAACAUUCAUGAACUUCUUAUUUAAAUACUUUUUUUUUUCAGUGAGUCUAUAUUUGUAAAUUUGUG